AUGUCUCAAACUCCAUCCAAUUCAGAAAUCAAAAGGGCUUUAGAAGCAAGCCCAGAUACUAACAUUGAAAAUGACACCCCGGAGGCACCCAGACCCAGCAAUUACCUAAUUCUUACAAUAUUUGCCUGUUUCUGUCCCGCAUAUCCAAUAAACAUUGUGGCAUUUGUGUUCUCUAUAAUGGCCUUAAACAGCUAUAAUGAUGGGGACAUAGAAGGUUCAAAACGACUGGGACGAAAUGCUCUUUAUGUAUCGAUAGCAUCCAUCAUCAUUGGUCUUCUGGUGAUUGCAACAUAUUGCACUGUUCAUUUCACAACGAAUUCAGUCUGAGCCCUGGAAAGAAGCAUGAGUAAAGUAUUUACACGAACCCCGACCACAUUCUCAAGAUCUGCAGAAAGGGAAGAAGCCCAGCUUUGCAUAAAUGGGAAUCCUGAGUUACUAAACUAACAUGAUGGAUGUGGAUGAAAUCUAUAUAUGUAUAUAGCUCAUGUGUGCAAGCACAUAUAUAGACUGUAUAUACUGUAUGUACGACGUGUCGGUCUCUGUUCAAAUGGAAAAUAGAAAUCUUAUGACCCAGUGACAAGCAGUUUACUAGGGAGUCACAUAACCACAAUCCUUGCAUGUCAUCUAUACUUAGUCAUGAUCCAAGCAAGGAACUGCAGCCUCCUGAAGCAAAAUCAAUCUGUCCAAAGCACUUCAGCUUCUUGCACUGAGGACUGCAUGGAAUAAAACAUAGUUAGUUAUUCUAUUUGGACAAUAACACUUUUUACAUCCAAGUCAAGAAUAUGAUCAGUAUUCUCUUUCUUUGCUACCGUCAUCAAUGCACCUUAAAGCAGCUUCAGGAAAUAGUGCUUUAAUAGGUUUGGUAUAGAUAUCUGGGCAGCCUCAAGCUGUUUGCAGCUUAUUGCAGUGCUUUGGAGGGGGGCUACACAGAGCCCUUCAUCAGGGAUAAAUGUCUGCAUACAAUAUCAUUUGUACAGUUUUUAAUAACAUUUAUAAAUCAGUGCUGGGUGUGUGUCUGUUUAUUACCCUUUUUAUAGGGGUAAGUUCCCAUAAAAACAUCAACUUUUCAUAUGCUCUCGAUGAUAACAGUCUAAAUAAUUUAGUUUAUUUUUUAAAUGUGUGCUUUGUGUUUUAUAAUUACCUUGCUUUAUAUGGUUCUUCUGUACUGCAUACCUUCCAACAAUUUUAAUAAAGAAAAACAAUUUAAGUCAUAGCCCAUCUGGCCUGUAAUACCCAAUUAUAGCUAGUUACUUUUUAUAGACCUUAAAAACCAAACUAAAUUGGCAUCUCUUACACAAGGUAUGCCAUUCAUAGAGAUAUUCUUUGAUAUAACAAGUUUGCAAGAUAUAUAUAUAUAUGCAGAAUUUAUCGGCACUCACCAAUCACAAAAUCACUUGCCGGGUGCUAACCAAAGUAAUCUGUAGCAGUCCAUAAAAGUACUCACAUCAGCCACCAUUAAGCGUGUAUCACUAUAUCUUUAUUUGUGCAUGGUGCAUCAACGCAUUUCGGCUCACAUAGAGCUGUCGUCCAUGCUUUCAUGGACUGCUAUAAUAUAUAUAUAUAUAUAUAUAUAUAUAGGGUCAGACUGGGCCAGCAGGACACCGGGAAAAAAAACCUGGUGGACCCCUGCCAACUCAACUGCAGGUGCUAAUUGUGGUGGGCCCGGAUACCACAGUCCAACACUGUAAGUGUUCAUGGCAUUAAUAAAGUUAAAGUACAUUUUUAGGUUAACCUUUUCUUUAAAGGUUCAUUGUUUUUAUUUCCCUUUUGUUUAAUUGAAAUAUUGAUUGUGCCGUUUAUCAGUGUUCAGACUUUUUUAAAUGCAACAGAGAACUACAUUUGCUUCCAGUAGUUUUGCAUUUUCUUUUCUGCUGAUUCACUAGAUGUUUAUGUGCUGUCCAGAUUCAUAUUAUAGCUGAAAAACCAAUGCAUUCUGAGGUUAAUCAUCCCUGUAGGAUGUAUAUCUAUGACAGGCAGGCCUUAUUUUCUGCUUGAUCAUUUUCAAUAACCCCUUAGCGCAAGUGUUUUGUUUAGAGCACACUGAGCAUGUGCAGUGUCACUGACACUUAAACACUGUCCUAACAAGAUCCAAGAUGAGUCUUAUAAC